AUGCGAGCUCUGUUUGGCGAUGAUUAUUAUGUCUGCAGAUUUCAGGAACCCGGGAAAACAGAAGCUGAAUUUGCAAAAAGCCCAGAGCUAGUUAUGAAGGCCAUGCUUACAGGUAGGAGUGAUAAGCCAUUAAUAAUCCCCAAAGAAGGCUUCCUAGCUUUUCCAGAAGCUAUAGUUACGAAGCCCCUCCCUUCUUGGCUCUCACAACAAGAUAUCGAUUAUUAUGCUUCUAAAUUUGAAAAGACAGGAUUCACUGGUGCCCUUAACUAUUAUAGAAAUUUCAACUUAAACUGGGAGUUGACAGCAGCAUGGACCGGAGCGCAAAUUAAAGUACCUGUGAAGUUCAUCACAGAUCUCCCUUUUAGUCGUACUCCUUCAACUUUGGAGGUUCUUCCAGCAACUUUGGUAUCUGGUUGUCCAAGAUACGUGCACAAAGAGGAUUCUUUUGCGAAUCCUUCAUUAAUGAUUUCUCUACUUGUUCCUUAG